AUGGAAGGUGGAGAUGGCCCCAACAGCUAUGCCAAGAACUCCGUUCUGCAGAGAGGAGUUGUUGAUGCUGCUAAAGAACUUCUAAAAAAGGGAAUUGCGGAAACACUUGACAUAGAUAUAUUAUCAUCUUCCAAAUCCUUUAAAAUUGCUGAUCUGGGUUGCUCUGUUGGGCCUAAUACAUUUUAUGCUGUUAAAAACAUAAUUGAAGCUGUGGAGUGCAAGUAUCAAAGCCAUGGAGAGAAUUCACAAAUCCCAGAAUUUCAAGUCUUGUUUAAUGAUCACCCCUCAAAUGACUUUAACACGCUGUUCAAAUCCUUCCCUGAGAGCAGGCGAUACUAUGCAGCAGGGGUGCCUGGUUCUUUCUAUAGUCGAAUAUUUCCUAGUGCUUCCAUCCACUUAGUUCACUCUUCCUAUGCCAUUCAUUGGCUUUCUAGAGUACCGAAAGAGGUGUCGGACAGACACAGUCCUGCUUGGAAUAAAGGAAGGAUUCAUUACUUGAAUGCCAGUGAUGAAGUAGUAAGGGCUUAUAAAGCUCAAUAUGUCAAGGACAUGGAGUGUUUCCUGCAUGCUAGAGCACAAGAGAUUGUAUGUGGAGGACUAAUGGUGCUUACCUAUCCAGGCCGCCCAGAUGGCUCCCGAAGUUUUCAAGCCUGGGCAAAUUUGGCCUUCCAAGUUUUAGGAUUUUGCCUCAUGGACUUGGUUACAAAGGGAGUUGUUAGCGAAGAGAAAGUAGAUUCAUUCAACAUGCCUAUAUAUUCCAUGACCCCCCUAGAACUUGAAGCUGCUGUGAAACAGAAUGGAAGCUUUAGCAUAGAGAUGAUGACAAACUUACCAGAUCCUCUGGUAGAUGACACUCUUUCAGUACCGCAACUACUUGCCUCUCAAAUGAGAGCUGGCGUGGAGGGAAUGAUCAAGAAUCACUUUGGAGAGGAAAUCUUAGAUGAGCUCUUCGACUUGUACUGGCAAAAAUGUGAGCAAGAUAUGCUUGAAUUUCUUGCUGUGCUUGGACACAACUUUCUUGUUGUUCUUAGACGUAAGGCAGAUUGAUUUGAACAUUCUUGGAACUUGAAAUUCCUUGAUCUUAUCAAUAUAAGUGCCGUGCAAGCUGGAAUUGAG